CAGGAAAACGAGUGCGCGCACGUUCACCGUACGUGGUUGGCGCCUCCUUGCAGCACGGGGAGGAAAAAGCCUUCAAACGCGGGCGUCGGACGGCGUCGGACCGGCGGCCGCGCCUGCUGCCGCGGGUGGUGGAGGAGCGCUGCCCUGACGAGGUGGGCGGCGGCGGAGACUCGCCGAUGACCCCCGACGCGCCGGCGGGCGUGCCGCGCGGGUGCUGCCCGGUGUACGUGGGCUUGUUGGAGCGUCGGCGGUUCGUGGUGCCGACGGCGUACCUGGGCAUGCCGGUGUUCCGGAGGCUGCUGGAGAAGGCGGAGGAGGAGUCCGAGUUCCACUACGGCGGCGGCGGCGUCACCAUCCCCUGCGACACCGAGGCGUUCAAGUACAUCCUCCUCGUCUUGGAACGCCACCGCCAGGGGCUCGUCGACGACGAAGGGAACGCCAAGGACGGAGGAGAGCAUGGCGGAUCGUCGUCGCACGGUCAAGCUCAGGCCUGUUUAGUUGUCUGAAUUUGGUGUCCCAAAUCACUGUUGUAGCACUGUAGCACACUGUAAUGUUUCAUUUGUAUUUGUGAA